UUAGAUGAAGUGUCAAUGGCUAGUCACAAAAAUGUUGGAAAGAAUACUAGAGAUAACGAAUCUUGCAGAAAAAAUAUUGGACAUUUAUACUCCCCUUCUACAAGUCAACAAAAUUGGUCGGUUGAUAGGACAUUUAUUGAAGAAAAUACUGAAGAAAAUGAUCUGAUGGCAUCUCCUCCAAUGUUUAGUCCAAUUAAAAGUGGUCUAAAAAGAAGUAUUUUUGAUAUGACACCGCAAAAACCGGUAAAAAAUGUUGCUGUGAGAAAACUGUUUCCUUCAACACAGUACAAUUCCAAUACAUCAAAAAUAGACAGUGAAGCUAUUGCAAAUUAUCUGAUGGCAACUCCUUCAAAAUUGAAUGAUAGCCCAAUUAUAAGUUUAACAGGUCUUUUUCAAAGCACACCAGAAUCUGCUCAUAAAAAUGUAACACCUGUAGCAGACAGUCAACUAAUGUCUUCGACAACACAGUCUGAGACAUUCUCAAAAGACAGUGAAGCUAAUGUUAACCAUGGUUGUAUUUUAAAAUUUAUUACCUCAACAUUACCACAGCUUAAUACAAAAUUAAAUAAAAUUAUUUUAAAUCAGUCCAAACAUGAAGAAUUGCUAAAAAAAAUUUUACAAAAUAAAACAGUGCACAAUGAGAGCUUUUAUGACAACACGGAUUUAGAAGAAUUCCCAUUAGAUAAUUUAGAUUCCUUAAAAGAAAUAGAUGGAAAACUAAAGUCAGAUACAUUAUUUUACAAAUGUUUGGUAAAACGAUUGAAAGAAUUUGGUGGUAAUAAUGUGUAUAUGGUGACCAAAUGCAUUAUGGACUUCUUGAUGACUGAUAAUUUAGGGAUGCAAAUAUCUCUGAAAGGACGGGUAAUAUUGAAAAAUGUAUCCGGUUCAACAAUUACUAGUAUUAAUAAAGCGGUUACUGGGUGGUUAAAACAUGCCAAGGAAAGAAAUGGACGAAGAGAAUCAUUGUAG